AGAGAGGGAAAGGAGUCUGUCUUUUUGUUUUGUUUUAUUCUUUUUCAGCUUUAAAUUCAUUUUGUCCAUUUAUUGUGAUUAAUUGUCCCUUUUGCUUUUGGGCAAUUUUCUCCCAAGCUAGGAGCCGGAAGGAUUGCUGGUUAUCAACAUACUUCUUGCUCGGAAUAUCUAAAACACACUCACUGUUUGAGCUUGAGCAAGUGCAGGCAGAAUUCACUGGAAGCCCUCUGUUUUUGCAAUCAUUCUUUUAACAAAGGUCUUUUUUAAGACCUAUAAUGAUCAUACUGUUUUUCGGCUGUUAUUAAGAUUAUCAGCAUAAACAUUUCAACCCUUUUGGACGCGGUGUUUCAUUGCUCCCGCUAUCAGGAAGACUUCGCUUCUUGCUUUUCUUUUUCGGAGGGGGGAAAACCGAUAGCGCCUCAUCCUAUUAUCAUUAAAGAUGAUUCUAUCAUCCAGCAUUGGCCGCAUCCUGGCCCUGUCUUCGUCCCUGUUUGCACUAUCCUCUGCUGAUACCCUGGUUGAAAGAACAAGCUUUGGCAAUGGAAAUCGUAUCUCGGCGGACAUGUCCUCGUUGCCGGGAUGGCAACUCUCUGGAGAUGGCUUCACCCCGGAGAUAAUGUCCGAUAGAAUAAUUAUGACGCCGCCAUAUCCAGGCCGCAAACGAGGCGCCAUGUGGGCACUUGAUCCUGUUUCUCAAUCAGAGUGGACGGUCGAUUUUGAAUUCAGAGUCAAUGGCGAGGAUGGUCCAGGUGGAAAUAUCCAGCUUUGGUAUGUUAAAAAUGGCCAGGUUGAUGUCGGGUCGCAAGAUAUCUACAGCGUUUCUCGCUUUGACGGGUUGGCCAUCACCAUCGAUAGCUCACAAGGCAGAGGCAUGGUGCGUGGCUUUUUGAACGAUGGUACUACCGACUACAGAACUCACCGGAAUGUCGACAGCCUGGCAUUCGGCCACUGCGAGUACUUUUACCGUAACCUUGGAAGACCAUCGCAAAUUAUUAUCAAGCAGACUAUGUUUUCAUUCGAGGUUCUAAUUGAUAAGAGAAGCUGUUUCCAUACCAAAAAGGUCUUCCUUCCCGUGGGCAACACGUUUGGAAUCACAGCUUCGUCCACGGAUUAUCCCGACUCCUUCGAAGUCUUCAAGUUCGCCUUGUCCGUUCCACGACCAGGCAGCGACAGCGGCGCCUCUCAGAACCAGCGAAGCCAUCAAGCCCAGCAGCCGCCUGUUCAAAGAAGUAACACAAACCAGCAGGCCUCCGCGGACGGCCUCUCGGGAGUUCAGACCCAAAUCAAAAAUAUCCAAGAUCGCCUCCACACUUUAAGCACCUCGACUGAAAGGCUCCUGAACGACCUCGCCCUGCUCUCCAAGAAGUUCGACGAACGCAACCAAGAACUCGCCCGCAACUCCGCUAAUCGCGAUCAGGUCAGCAGCGUGGACCAGAGGGUCAUGAGGCUCGAGAGAAUGAUUGAACGCGUCCAAAAGGACCUCGCGGGCAAGGACUAUCAGCGCCAUUUCACUAAAUUGGAAGAAGCUUUGCGACACUCGCACUCGGGUCUACUCGAGAAUCUGCACGAUUCCUCCCAUCGUAUACUUUCAUCCGCUCCUCGCAUGGGCUUCUUCAUCUUCCUGGUAGUAGCGCUUCAACUCUCCCUUGCCGGAGCUUAUGUUUUCUACAAGAAACGCCGUGCAAAUAUGCCCAAGAAGUUCCUGUAAAAUUAGAUUAGUUGAUCCUUCCAUUCAAAACUAGGCCUCCCUUUUGUGUUUAUGCUAU